AGGCCAUCAGAUAUUACGAGGACCUCGACUGGAGGCUGGAGCUCUACGACAACGACCGCCUCAGCGGGGGCCAGGUGCACUCUCUCCCGCGGGGUUCGCUGGUCGUUGGCAUCGGCAUGCCCAGGCCUGGCGUCGCCGAGGUCCUCGUCCCGAGCGCGGAGACUUUUGCGAGGACGUACUUUGCGAACUACCGGUUCCCGGCGGAGGAAGACGCCAUGCGAUGGAUGCGGCGUCUUCCCGCGUUGGCGCACAAGGAGGACUCCGCGGAGAUGUCCCAGAUCACGGUGCCCACCUUCAGGGUGCUCGCUCCGGAGGAUGGCGCGGACGACGCCAAGGCGCUCGUCGUGACCCAGAGUCGAGACCCCCGCAGCGCCGUGCUGGGCCACCUUGCCGCUGGAGCCCUCAUCGGGCUCGCAGACAUCGUGGGCACCCGGGCGCAGCUGGGACGGAUAGCCCUGGUGGGUCCCGAGAGUUUCAGUGGCGCCUGGGUCAGCGUCCUGCGCCUCGACGGGAGGCCAUUGCUGGAACGCGUACUGGAAGAGACGGAGAACAUGCAGCUCGAGGCCAAACUCAAGGCCGAGACGGCUCGCAUUGCCGCCCGCAUCGCCGCGGGCGACAACCAGGAGCCUCCUCCCAGGAGGAGAAGCUCGGUGGGUUCCGCGUGGUCCGCCCUCGGACGAGCUCAGCUGCCGCACUUUGGCGAGGCGGCGGAGGAGGAGCUGGAAGACGUGGACAUGCCUCCGCCGGGCCCGUCAAACAAGGUGCUCCCGGCCAAGAUGGCGCAGAGGGCCACGGUCACGGGCGGCUGGCGCUCGUUCACCGACCCGAUCUGGAAGCGGCAGGUCUUCGUCGCCCCCCUGGGGGGCCGAGCCACCUGGGGCAUCAGCGAGGUGUUGCAGACAGGCGGCCUGGACGACCUGCUGCUGGCCCGCUGCUGGGAGGCGUGCGUGGUGGACCCCCUCGCCGUGGAGGCUAUGAAAGAUCCCACCUGGGCUUUCGAGAUAUUCGCCGACCCUAGCCUGAGCGGCGAGCCGAUCUUCAGGUACGAGAAGGGGCGACUGAUUGUCGUCCAGGUCUUCGACAUGAAGACGUUUGUUGCGCACGUCGUGCUGCCCCCGCCCGAAGACGGCGGCGAUGCGGCCACCGGGUAUGCGACGUACCGGAUGCGCGACGGCCGGCCUCUCCUGCGAUCCCUGAUGCAGCCGUCCGAGGACUACGAGGGGGACCGCCCGCAGCCUCGCAGCGAGCUGGAGCCCGCGCACCUCGACCGCGCGGAGCCGCCGGAGCCCGGCCGCGCGCUGCUGGAAGGGCCCUACGUGUGCGCACCCGCGGGCGGCGGCGGGGAGCUGCCCGUGGCGGUGGGGCAGGACCUGGGCAGCGCGCGGUGGGCGUCGAUGCCGCGCGGCUUCCGCGUGCGCGCCUUCGAGGAGGUGGUCGGGCUCCGCGCCCGGCUCCCAGACAUCGAGGGCGGCGGCUGGGUCAGCCUCUUCCAGCCAGACGGCAGGCCGCUGUUCUGGAAGGAGCCACUGCCGCCGCCGGUGCUGGAGAUCCCCAUGGCGGAGAAGGGGGUGGAGGACGGGGGGGAGCCCUGGCUGCCCGUCGUGUGGCCCGACUUCGGGCUGGAGCCACGCCCGAGGCCCGCCGCGCAGGGGCUGCAGCUGUCCACGACGUUCGCCGUCGGAGCGCCGCGCGCGCCGACCCUGCCCGACCUCCUCUCGCGGAUGGGCGGGGGCCGCAUGCUGUGCGACUGGUUCCGCACGGACACGUUCUCCGGCCCCGCAUGGCGGAACCUCGUCACGCACACCAUCACGACGCUCCACGACCUCCUGGCCAGGGGCAUCUGGAAGAUCCUCGUGGUGGAGGCCAGCGAGGCCCGGGUGCGCGAGGCGAGCGCCCUGAGCAGCAAGUACAUCAAGACGCUCCCCCGGAGCUCGCUGGUCAUCGGCGAGUGGAUCCCGCCCGGCAACGCCGCCGUCCGGGUGCUCACCCCCGCCGCCGCCGGCGACCCUCGCCCGCAGCACUUCUGGGCGGACCUCGGGGCCGCCGACGGGGCGGUGCUGGUGCCCCUGCAGCCGGGCGGGCACUUCUGGGUGGAGCCAAAAGGCGGCCACCUCGCCGACGAGCAGCAGGAGGACGAGAAUCCGCUGGCCAAGGCGAGCAAGGUGGACGUGCGGUCGGAGAAGGACCCGGCGAGCCAGAUCAUCGGGGGCUUACAGCGUGGAGAUGCAGUGCAGAUAGCGGAGGUAUUGUCGCUCGGUGUUUGAUCUGCAAGUGAUUGCGCUCGUUGUCUCGCUGAAUCUCUCUCUCACACCCUCUUCUUUCGUCGGUUUGAAUGAUGCUGCUGCUGUGGGAUGUUGGGGGAUGGGGCAGACCUGCAUUGCCAAUGUGUGGAGCUAUCCACCUUUUGAACCUCUAUCGAAGUCGCCUUCGGCGAGUCACCGCCGCCC